AUGGAUCAAGAAUACGAUUGCAUCAUUCUCGGCACUGGACUAAAAGAAUGCAUAUUGAGUGGAUUGUUGUCUCACAGUGGCAAAAAAGUUUUGCACAUGGAUCGAAACAACUACUAUGGCGGCGAAAGCACUUCUAUGCAUCCUUUAGAAAAGCUCUUCGAAAAGUUCAACCUCACAGCUCCACCUGCUGAGAAAUUCGGCGAUGGUCGUUCUUGGAAUGUGGACUUAGUUCCGAAGUUUCUGAUGGCCCACGGUGGCCUUGUCAAGUUGCUGAUACAUUCUCAGGUGACAAAAUACUUGGAGUUCAAGCAGAUCGAAGGAAGCUAUGUUUUUAAAGGUGGCAAUGUCUACAAGGUUCCUGCCGACGAGAAAGAAGCCUUGUCAUCGCCUCUGAUGGGGAUCUUCGAGAAGCGGAGAUUUCGGAAUUUCCUUCUAUUUGCUACAAAAUACAGCUUUGAUGAUCCGAAAACAUGGCAGGGAACUGAUCCAAAGACGACCACCAUGCGAGAAGUCUUUCAAAAAUUUGGGCUUGAUCAAAACACUCAAGAUUUCACAGGCCAUGCCAUCGCUCUUUUCCUUAACGAUGACUACAUAGACCAGCCCUGUGAGGAAACAAUCCGCCGUAUUCAACUGUACUACGACUCUCUGUCCAGCUAUGGAAAAAGUCCUUAUUUGUAUCCUCUCUACGGACUGGGCGAGUUACCGCAAGGUUUUGCAAGGCUCUCUGCAGUCUAUGGGGGCACUUAUAUGCUAGACAAACCCGUAGACGAGAUUGUCAUGGAGGAAGGUUCGGUCGCGGGAGUCAAGUCACAAGGUGAAAUCGCCAAAACGAAGAUUGUGAUCGCUGAUCCUUCAUACUUUCCCGAAAGAGUUAAAAAAGUCGGACAAGUUGUUCGCUGUAUCUGUCUGUUAUCCCACCCAGUACAGAAAGCUGGUAAUUCAAAUUCUUUUCAGCUGAUCAUUCCACAAAAUCAAGUCGGUAGGAAAUCUGGUAAGUUUAAGUGUCGUAUGAUUGUCAAUCAAUUUUAUUUGAAUUGAUUUUUCUUCACCUGCAGUUCUUGACAAGAGGUAAUGUACUAGUUAAGCGAUGAUAAAGUGGAAAGUAGGGUAAAAUAAUAUUUUUCUUUGGAAAAUUGUAAAAGUUCCCCCGGAUUUCCAUGAAAAAUUUCUUGUCUUGAUCAACAUUUCAAUUUAAUCGGGAUCAAAGUACUAAACAACAGCAUAGACUUGAAUAUUUUUUCAACUAGUCAAUCUGUUGACAGUGACUUCAUUGACGACAAAAUUUACUUUUAAUAUUCGCUGAUUAUAAACAUUUACUAAAAAACAUAGAAAUUGCUCUGUUUGUACAACAAAAAAUUGAGAAAAAAUUUUGUUUUAAUCAAACAUGGUAGAUAUGAUUUUGCCCCUCUUUAAAUUUCAAAUGUGUGCAUAUGGUUUUAAUAUUAAUGAACUACAUGCACCUGCUCACAUUUAAUGGCAUACAUUUGGUGAUUUUUUGCUUUCUUGUUCUUUUGUAUUCAACAGGCCUUUUCUUAAAUAUCUUAAAGAAGCUUUUUUCACUUUAUAUUCACCUUUCAGAGAUCAUCUUUCCAAGCUCAAAAAAGCUUUUAGCCACUGAAGCUCUUACCAUGAUCCUUAAUAUUUUUUCCUGACAAAUGUAUUAUAACAAUCAGGGCUGGGCUGUUCAAACCUGGGUUAAGAUAAUCCAGGGUUUAUAGCGGAGCUCCUUGCGUGCGAGCGGAGCACUAUCGCUAAGAAAAUUGGGUAAUCUAUCCAUCCAAGAAAAUUUGGUUAUGACUUCAGGGUAAGACCAAUCUAAAUAAUAUUUCUUUAAACUUUCAUUAACGGACCAUGAAAUGAACUUUCUUUGCUUCCAAACUAAAGUUGUUUUUUCUUUGCAGAUAUCUAUGUGUCUUGUAUGUCUCAUACAAAUCAAGUUGCUGCAAAAGGCAAAUUCUUGGCUAUUAUCAGCACAACAGUGGAAACCUCCAAUCCUGAGGACGAGUUAAAGGCAGGGUUGGAUCUGCUUGGUAGUUAUGAUAAGAAGUUUGUGUGGGUCAGUGACCUGUAUGAACCUGUAGAUGAUGGAAAGGAGAGUAAGGUGAGAAAUAUUCAAAUAUAAUAUCAGCUUUGACAUCAAGAUACAGUGAAACCUCUAUUAAGCAGACAUUGUCAGGACCAUCCCAAGUGUCCCCUUAAUAGAGGUUGUAAAAAUUGCAUUUGUUAAUGAUCAGCAUUCAAUGGUUACUCUGUACUGUGAUAAAGUUGCAUGUUGUUUAAGAAACUAUCCAGAGUUCAAGUUCGUUAUCUUUCAUUACCAACUUUAAUUUGUUGUAAAUGCAAAAAUAUUAAUUGACUUCAGUCCGUAUUUCAAGGACAUAAUCCAACACUGCUAUUGUCAAUUCAGUCCGGUGUCCGCUUAAUAAUUGAGGUUUUUAACAAUAGAAAUUAGCCAAAUGCACCUUAUUUUAGUGUCCACAUCCGCUUAAUAGAGGUGUCCGCCGAAUAGGGGUUCAUUAUAAAGGAGAAAUAUCAGGCGUUCAUUUCGGGACCAGGCUUAGUGUCCGCUUAAUAGAGGUUUCACUGUAGUCUGUUAGCAGUCCAUCAGGACUGUUACUCAGGCAAGGGAUGGGAGCUUAAGCAACAAUGAUGACAACAGCAGUGAAAAUGUCACUGAGAAAAUGAAUUUAAAUAAUAUUUCAAUCUUUAUUGCAUCUAUUCAGACCUGCGCAAUAUACUCAUGGAGUUGAAUGCUUAAUAACUCUAUCCAGGUUGAAAAGAGAGAGUGGAAUUCAGUGCCACUAUCCAUCCUCCAUAAAAAGGUGCAUAAAGAAGUUUCACCUCAGUUUUUCACCUGGCACCUAUUUAUGUGGGAAAUCCAUUGUGACUUAAAAACAUCACUUGGUGAAGAAACUCUAGAUCUAAGCUAUAACCAUGUUUGAUAUUUUGCUGCAAGUUCAAGUUAAUUUCCCUGUGUAACCUCGGCAUAAUUCUAUCUUUAAUACCCUGUAUAACUUGAUACGUUUUUACUGCUAUUUUCUUUUUAGAUUUUCAUUUCCAAGUCGUACGAUGCCACCACCCAUUUUGAGACAUGCUGUGAAGAUAUCAUGGAUAUGUAUGAAAGGAUCGUGGGAGAAAAAUUAGACCUUUCUUCCCUAUCUCAUCAUCUUAAUUCUGAUGAAUAGAACAGGGUUAAUUUUUUACCGUUUGUUUUUCACCAGUCCCAGCAUUUACAUUUGGAUACAACUAUGCACUGGAUAAAGAAGUUAUAAUUAGUUUUCCAAUGAUCAGGGUCCUUCAGGGGGUCAUCACAGAAGAGAUGGCUACAUGUACUCAAAAAAACACUUUUGCUUGAUAAAAACAAACAAAUUAAUGCUUCUAAAAUUUUAAAAUAAGGCAAAUGGGGGUAGACAAAGGGGCCAUCCUUGUGGCCGAAACGUUUUCCUUGGUUGCUCAAAGUGCACACUGAAAUCAAUGCACUUUCAAGGCCCAAGGGAAGUCACUGGACUCCCCCAGUGGAAAGAGGGUGGCCCUCUUCUUUACCCACCAGCACACAACACGGUGCUGUGUGAAAGGCAUUCUGCACCUUUUGUUCUAACCUGUUUUCAGUCUCCUGCCUACAUCUUUUCUCUUUCUACCUAAAAUUUUUUGGAGAGCCAUGCAUUUAUCGAUUAGAUGCUGAUUUUUCCAGUGAAUAGCCACAGGGAC